AUGGUCCGGCUACACGUGAAGAAAGGCGAGGAGAGCCAGUUUCUAUACGACACACACGUGGAGGCCCCGGUUGAAGACGUUAUAUACGACAUCGCUAUUAUUUACAACGGUCGGCUGAAGAUUUCCAGAAUAUGUUAUGAAAUCGAGGAAUUAGCGAAACACGGCACCAUGUUGCCCCCCAACAUGAUGGGGCUCACCGACGAGCAGGUAGAGGAGCUGAAGCUCAAGGACGAGUGGGGCGAGAAGUGCGUACCAAUGGGCGGAUGGACUUUUAACAAGGACGUUAUCGGCCGGCGGAACGGCAAGCAGCCGGACGCGAAAAUGCGGGAGGUCUUGAGCAAAACGAUCGAGGAGGCUCGAUCUAUGGUUUCGAAGAAGUUGGUGCAACAGGAUAAAUUGAUGACGCAGAAAAUUGUCCAGGAAGCUUUGGACAUUUUGAGGGGCGCUGUGACCAUUGUUUAUCCCAUGGGACUUCCGCCCCACGAAGUGAUUCGUCAGGAAUUCGAGAACACGGAGGAUCUUAGUGGCACUCAAGCAUCUCUGGAGGUGAUCGAUGUGCAACUCGCGCAGCUGUGGUUCUCAGGAAAAGAAUUGUUACCUGGAAAGAAAAUGAAGGAUUACGUGGGACCGAAUGAGAAAACGCGAAUUAUCGUGAAGCUGCAGAAAAGAGGAGGCGGAAGACCAGGACGGGAACCGUUGAUGUCCGAAGAAGAACGGAAACAACUGAUGCUGCACGCUUACAGACGACAGGAACAGCUCAAGUUUUGUUUUACCUACUCUUCAUAA